AUGUCGGACGUCGCAGGCCCAUCCACACCUUCUCGAAAACCCGCCGCCGGAGAACCCGCCCCUAAGCGUCGCCCGAAGUCCAAGGCCACGACGCCGGACAAGGCCCGCACCCCGGAUCGCGUCUCGACCCCCACACCGUCCCAGGUUGCUGCGCCGAAGCAGACAAGGGCUACGCAUAGUUUGUUUGUUCCUCCAAGGACAGCCCAUCCUCCGCUGCUGCCCUCUCGCUCCGUCUAUUGUUAUGAACGCCUGAACUCCAUCGAAGAGGGUUCCUAUGGUGUAGUAUUCAGAGCCCGGGACAAGCAGACUGGAGACAUCGUCGCACUCAAGAAGCUGAAGCUCGAAGAAGAAAAACACGGUUUUCCAAUCACGGCGCUGCGAGAAGUCAAUGCGCUCAUGGUGUGCAAGCACGAGAACGUAGUCGGCAUACGAGAGGUUGUUGUUGGCGAUACUUUGACUCAGGUGUUCAUCGUCAUGGACUUUAUAGAGCAUGACCUCAAGACCCUCCUCACCGUCAUGCCGGCACCAUUCUUGCAGUCUGAAGUGAAGACCCUUACUCUCCAGUUGCUUUCCGCCGUGGCCCAUUGUCAUGAACGCUGGAUCCUCCACCGAGACCUCAAAACCAGUAAUCUACUUAUGAACAAUCGAGGAACGAUCAAAACGAUACGGAGACCCGUGGGUGUUGGUGGAUUGACACAGCUCGUGGUCACUCUGUGGUAUCGUGCGCCUGAGAUUCUCCUUGGCGCGACGACAUACUCAACGGCGGUCGACAUGUGGUCGGUCGGCUGCAUCUUCGCCGAGCUGCUCCAAAGGAGAGAUAGAGAUGAUUUCCAUGAUCUUCAAGCUUCUUGGGCCCCCAACGAACCAGACCUGGCCGGACUACCAGACGAUGCCCUUGCUCAAACCAUCACUCUUCCUACCCCCCACCUCCCUCAGUUGCGGCAAAAGUUUCCAUACAUAACUGCCGCCGGAAUAGAUCUACUCUCACGCCUACUCGCUUACGACCCUGAGGAGAGAAUAUCCGCUGAGGAAGCAUUAAAACAUCCGUAUUUCAGCGAAUCGCCACUACCGAAACACCCCGAUCUCUUUGGGUCUUUCCCUCUGCCGCAGCCGGGAGAACCGGAUAGUCCGUCGGCUCCAGCAAGAGCUGCAGACUACAAGCUUCUGACGGAAUUCGACUGA